CACCGGCGAUUCUCCUGGAAGAAGAAAAGAUGUGCUUCUUGGAUGUUCAACUCCUCCCAUCAAUUCACAGAAACACAGAUCCACCACUCUUCUUGUGCCGGUGACAAUUAAAAUAAUUUAUUUAACUUUUCUAUUUUUUAAUAGUUUUAAUAAUGAGGUGGAAAAUUAAAAAAAUUAAAUUAAAUGUAUUUUAUUAUUUUUUAAUUGCCAUGUCACAUAUUUAACGGUCAACUGUAAGAGUUGACUGCCACAUAAGCAAAAGUUAACGGAAUUGGACAGAGAGUGACCAAACUUGAAAUGUUUAACUAAUUUGAGUGACCAAGAUUGGAUUUAAAUAUUUCUAGUGACCAAUCAUACAAUUAACCCGAAAAUUAAAUGAAAAGUAUAUUUUAUUAUCUCAUGCCCUUUUCUCCUUCCCUUCCCGUCUCCUCUGUUCUUUCUCUCUCACCUAUCAAAAUUAAAAUCCGGCUUCAUAGAAGAAAAGAGAGAAGUUGAGAAUUGGAGAUAGGUCAAUUUGGGGAUGGACGGAGAAGAUUAGCGGUAGAUAUGGGGAAUGUGACGCCAAAGAGCAGAGACGGCGGAGGUUGCGAUGCGGGCCAAGAUGAAGAUGAAGGUGGUGGCAGCCAGUGGGGCAGAGCUUCUACUUCAGUUGCCAAUGCUAGAUCUGGAAUGUUGCUGGUAGCCCGUGAACAGAUUGAUGGUAGUGGAAGGAGGGCUGAGGCAGGGUCUUCUAGAGGGAGGCGGAUGGGCAAUUGCUGCGGCGGCAAGAGAGCUACAGAGUAUGGUUAAAGAAGGCCACACAAAGAAGAGAACUGAACAAUUCUUGGCCAGGUCGCGCUCUUCCGCGCAAAAGUCGCGCUCUCAAGAAAAGAAAUUCAUGAAUUUUAACAUUUUCUGUCGGAUCCGCGUUUCGACGCUCUAAAGCAGGAGCGUUGGGUACAAACCCACGUAUUGGGUUACCUAACUUCCGACCCUAUAUACCAUCUAUGUCUAGCUAGCUAUUCUAGCCAUGCUUCAUCAAGAAGGCAUCCUGCCAUGCCUUAGGGUGUGAGAGGCUUGGCAGGUAGGGGUGUACAUGGAUCGGGUGGUUCGGGUUUAAUUAUUUUAAUCACCCGAUUCAUGUACUACGGUUUGGGAAAUAUCAAACCCAAACUCACCCAAAAAAAUUUAAAUCUUACG